AUGUUCCAAAAAUGGCGUACGGAAACCAUGGUACCGAAACGGGCGCCGUCUCGAAUUUCUCUUUCAUUUCUAAACUCGAUUCAAACGAAAUCCGGUGUGAAAGAAGAUCCUAAUAAGAUUUCGCUUCUACAGAAAUCCGAGUCGCUGCCGAAUAGCUUGGCGCCAAUCCGCAGUGACGUUUCGGACAAUUCGAAAGAGAAUUUGUCGCCUUCCAACCACACCAGCGAGACUAUAUUGCCGUCAAACUCGUUGAACAGGAAAAAAUUGAAUCCGCCGUGUCUCGAAAAAACUCAAAGCGAAGACAUGGUUUUUGCGGAAAUCGAGGCCCUAACCGUUAUGGAGAACAAUCUCUUCUUCCCUCUUCGCAGUUCUUCAAAACGUCGUGCAGAAGCAAUGGAUAAAUACGAGAAAAUUUCGAAACUUGGUGAAGGCUCUUAUGGUGUUGUCUAUAAAUGCAGAAACAAAGAAUCCGGUCAGAUAGUAGCAAUCAAAAAAUUUGUCGAAACAGAGGAUGAUCCUCACAUUAAGAAAAUUGCGUUGCGAGAAAUUCGAAUGUUAAAGCAACUGAAACAUCAAAAUCUUGUGGGUCUCAUUGAGGUCUUCAAGCGAAAUCGCAAACUUCAUUUGGUUUUUGAGUUAUGCGAUCGCACAGUUUUGCAUGAACUCGAAAAGAAUCCCAACGGUGUGAAUGACGAACUCACAAAGAAGAUCACAUAUCAGCUUCUCGAAGCUCUUCGCUUCUGUCACGGCCACAAAUGUAUUCAUAGGGAUGUGAAACCGGAGAAUAUAUUCCUCACAAGGAAUGAUCAAGUGAAACUCGGCGAUUUUGGAUUCGCAAGAAUUAUUAACACAUCGGAAAUGUAUACCGAUUACGUCGCAACUCGCUGGUAUCGUAGUCCCGAACUCCUCGUUGGAGAUGUUCAAUACGGCCCUCCCGUCGAUAUAUGGGCUGUUGGAUGUGUGUACGCAGAAUUGAUGACCGGAGAAGCUCUGUUCCCAGGUCGAAGUGACAUUGAUCAGUUGUAUCUAAUAAGGAAAACCCUUGGGGAAUUCAUCCCUCGUCAUUUGUCAAUUUUCCGUACAAAUCAGUUCUUCUUCGGCUUAUCAAUCCCUGAGCCGGAGCAUUUGGAGCCGUUGCCAUCAAAAUUGCCAAACGCAAGCAGUGCCCAAUUAGAUUUCUUAUACAAAUGCUUCGAAAUGACACCUGAACGACGAUGGAAUUGCAGUGAGCUCUUGCAGCAUCCGAUAUUUCAAAAUUGGACCCUUCGGUUACGGUUGGAUGAGACGAGCUCAAAUGGUCCUAGCACGAAGAGGAGUCCCAAUUAUCUGCCACUUCUCAAUGGGAAUGGCACCAAUUUGGCUUCGAUUCAUUCAAAUUUUAUGCUCAUCCUACCAUUUGGCACAAGACUAUUGAAAUACUUGCUUCCAGACCGCACAAUUAUUGAAUUUCGCGACUUUAUUCCUGAUUUUUCGAAUUUUGAGUCGAAUCGCAACGAAUCCAACUAA